AUGCUCCCGUACUCGGCAACUGCGCGACUGUUGUUAAACAAUGCAGCGAAAUUCGUCACAGCACCGACGGCUAACCUAUUGCACACGAGUCAAAUCAAUCACAAGAAAAAAUCGUGUCGAUGCGGACCCAAAAAAGUGGCGAUGAUCCUCUGCGGCUGCGGUGUACUGGACGGCACGGAGGUCUCGGAGGCCGUGUCGGCGAUGAUCCACCUGAGCCACAAGGGCUACGAGACCCGCUUCUUCGCGCCGGACAUGAAAAUCUGCUCUCCCAUGAAUCACCUGACGAAGGACGUCGAGGCCUGCCCCGACAAGAACGCCCUGGUCGAGGCCGCGCGCAUAGCUCGGGGUAACAUCAAGUCGCUCUGCGAGUGCUCGGCGUGCGAGCACGCGGGCCUCGUCAUUCCCGGUGGUUUUGGCGUUGGGAGGACACUGAGCGAUUUUGCCGCCAAAGGCUGCAACUGCGUGUUGCUCCCCGAUUUGAUUAGAAUCAUCGAGGAGUUCAAUUGCCAGGACAAACCGAUCGGCGGCAUCUGCAUAGCGGCAGCGUUGAUCCCGAAGGUUCUCAAGGGAGCGAGGGUGACUCUGGGGAAGGACUGUCCCAAGGAACGGUACGUCAAUUCGGAAGCGAUAGAGCAGGCGAAGUCGAUGGGGGCCAACAUUGACAUGCAAGACGCGAAAGGGGCGACCGAGUGCAAGGAACACAACGUCUUUACCACCCCGGCGUUCAUGGACUCUUGCGCCACAAAUGCCGACAUUCACGAGGGCAUCGGCAAAAUGAUAUCUAUGAUGAGUAAAAUAAUGAAGUAGCUCGUGGGACGGCUGUUGUUGCCGAGCGCUGGCCGCGGAUACGAUGAAAGAUCACUCGAAGGGUACAUGACAUGUGUGUGUAUAUAGAUGGUGAUCUUACAAAAUUAACGUGGUACAUCUAUAUUUUUUAUGUUAUACGGUUUUGUCUCGACACCGCCAAUUCAUGGGAGGGGGCAAAUUAUUGUUUGCUUUCGUAAGUGUAGUUAUACUCUUGGGGGGGUUUUUUUUUUUCUUCAAAUUUUACUCUGUGUGUAGGGGUUUCCAAUGUUUUUCGCUCCACGGAUAUAAUAUCUACGUCUAUCGCUACAAUAUAUAGUCAACAACAAACAUAAUAAAAAUGCACACAGGAUCUUUCACGAGUUUUUUUUUCUUCUUGAUAUUUUUGAUACUCUGAUAUAUCGGUAUUUUUUGUACAGUGAAAUUGUGAGUUUUAUGGUAAGAAUGUGAAUAAAUUUUUUGCGAUUACUUUAUUUCAUUGAUUUUAUUACAAAGAUUUAAAAAAAAAAAAAAAAAAAAAGAAGGUAAUGACGCGUGUUUCGAAAAUGUUCUCCCUGUACGGUUAUAAUACAAUGAGCGGUAGGUUUUGCCACCCACGCGUUCUAGUUAAUGGGCUGCUCGAGAUCUUGUCUCCCGGCGAAGGUCAGCGCAGUAGCCGCGGAAUUCCAAGGGCGCUUCGCUUGCAUACCUACAAUGCGCGGAGUUCCGUCGCUAUUAUACUAGUGUAAGUAUUUGCUCUGCUUCUUUUUUUUUUUUUUUUUUUCGAUUAAUCUGUUUUCUCUUUCUCUCGUGUUUCGCAUGUCCGUGAGAUAUUUCGUUACUCAACGACAAUCGCUUACUUGCUCGUAAUUACGACGCGUUUUUUUUUGUUUCGUUUUUGCUUCUCAUGUAUGUAAUUUUUCAUUUCUGGUGUACAAUAGUAAGAUAUAUGUAUAUGUAGUUUAAAAAAGCAGUAUUUAUUGCGUAGUACGUAAAAUUUCAACUUGGCGGAAAAUGAAAAAAAAACUCAGUCUUGGAACUACUUUUUUUUUUUUUUUU